GGAAGGGAAAAAGGGGGAAAAAAAUCAGAAAGAAAAAUAACCCAGCUACCUUAUCCAGUCAGGGAUACCUUGCAAUCCUAUGGAAUGCGAUGGGUUCCUUAUCCAAUCCCAUGGACAUGCCCUCUUAAACAGCAAGAGCUCCAGCUCAAGAGUCAUCCAAAGGAACCCCAAGAGCCAUUGAUCAGGAUGCAAGCAGCAGCAGCAGCAGCAGCAGUGUGUUUCACAGGGCCACUGCCAUUUAAAGGCACCAAGAGCUUGGUGACAAGGAGAUCAUCCAGGCCUCGUAGAACAGUCCUCUUCCCUCGGGCCAUGGCUUCAACUGCUCCUGAGACCUCCACGGUUGACUACAGCUCCUCAACUUCUGUCUUUCCUGCAGAAGCCUGUGAAACAAUUGGUGGAGAAGCAUGCGAUGUGGAGAUGUUUCCUGAAGUGAAGCCUGCAGCUCCAGACAGCAAUAUUAGAGCUAAAGUGGGUUCAGAAGAGGUUGAGCGAGAGUAUGUGGAGUACAACGAGCCAAAAACGGUGUUCCCUGGUGAAGCAUGUGAUGAUCUUGGAGGGGAGUUCUGCGAUCCAGAAUACCAAAAGGGAGUUUAUGAGGAGAAGUCAUUGCCCAGAUAAAAGAAUAAAGUUUAAAUUGAGCUUUCUGUUUGUGAGAAUACUAGAAUCAAGAAAAGAAAUAAAAACUUUCAUGGUAUGCAUCUCUGUAUAUGUUCAUGUAUCAUGGAGCUCAGAUAUGGCUAUUGGUUUCAAAAGUUAAUGGAUAUAUUGAGUUUCAUUACCUUCAAAUUUAUGAGUUAUAAAACACAAAAAAUCUGCAUUUUAUGUC